GCAAGCAUUGCAAGCAAGCCACGCCUUAUCGAACCAACUAGCUCUAUGUCCGUGUCCGUCCGGACAACAACAACACACAUUCCCCGAAACACAGAGGAAAUAACUUUCAGAUAUGUUAUUGCUGUACCUGACACUUUCCUGCUGCGUCACGUUUGGAAAUUGUAAUGACAGGGUAACAAAGAAUUACAAGGGAUCAUACUCCUUUGAUAUUCCUACACAGGCCGAAUACCUGAAGUUCAUUCCCCUUCAAAGUGGAGACCUGCCACAGGUCCUGUGGAAUCGCUCCGACCCUGCCAAAAAUACGGGAGGAAGAGGGCGGCUGAGGCAUGGUACCUGGGAAAUGAAAAACCUUAAUCAGGAUGACAUGGGCCACUACCACACCAGAGGAAAAGACAACGCUUUGCUGGGUUUGGUGUCGCUCGAAGUAACAGCAACCAAGGAAAACUAUAAAAGGAAGGAGCAAGAGUUGCUACUCAUGCAUUAUCCUUUUUCUGAUACCCCGUGGACUGUCACUUUUAAAGCUAAGGAGGAGGAGUACGAGGAAACAUUGUUGAAAGCAGGCAGACGGCACAGAGGGUAUGAAUCGUACUCAGGUCGUUGGACUCUACCAGAUAGGAUUCAGCUUGAGGCCCUUGGCAUAGAGAUUAAUCCUGUGGAAGUCUCUGACACCGGCACUUUUAGGUUCAGAGACCAGGGUGGCCACCUGGCUAAGAUUGUGGAGCUGGUGGUAUACAGGGAUCCUCCUACAGAUCCAGACCGUACUUUUGUUUUUGUUGGUAUUGCUGUUGGAAUAUUCUUGGCGCUCUUAGUCUGCUGUUGCUGUGUGAGAAAGUGCUGCUGUCAAAAGAGCUCCUCUAAAGUGGUGGAGACGGCUCCUCCCACUGCAACUGUACCUGCAUCGUAUUACCCUGCUGUGAAUCAACCUGCAGGCACAAGACACACUGCUAAACCUGCUACCAAUUACUCCUAUCAGCCUUAUUCCCAGGCUCCCAGAGGACCUACAGCUGAGCCGUCGGUGAAUGUCCACGUGAACCCCCUUCAGCCUGAGGGUGCUCCUCUCGGAAGGCAAGAAGUCGAUGGAGCCUCCGCACCCGGCUCUAAUUUCCUGUCCUCAGAUCCUGGGCCCAGGUUUGAGAUGAAACUGACUUCCCCUCUCCCCCUCAGUGCAGAAUCGAAUUUCCCGCAUGUUUAUACCUCUGCUAAACUCAACUUUUUGUAAGAAGCCAAAUGAAAAUGUCCAGAGAUGCUGAGUUUUCAUUCAGCAUUGUGCUUUGUUACUAUCCUAAUUAGUUAUUUAUUAGGUCUGCAUAAUAGGUGUACGAGAUAAGUGACGUGUACACAUACACACUUUGUUGACACAUCACCUAAUUGUAGGAUAAAAACCAACAAAAACCUGCUGUAAACAAAGGGUUUUGAGACCAGUUCAAAAGAUAGAUCCCAAUUUGGAAAUGUUUGCGUUCCAUUUACAUAAAAAACACAAGGCAAUGAAAUUAAGACACAGAAAUAAACAAUCCAAUAUAUUUCGGAAAUAAA